GGCUGAGACGGCUUCUGGGAGCGCGUGAGACUCCGGGGUCGCGGCGGCGAUUGGCCGGCCGCGGCGCCCGCUCCCAUAAUGCAGCGCAUGGCGCGUCAUUGAAGAGAGACCAUGAUGGCGGCGGCGCUUGGGCCCCCAGAAGUGAUCGCUCAGCUGGAGAACGCGGCCAAAGUUCUGAUGAUGGGGAAACUGAGGUUCAAAGAGGUAGAAGUGACUUGCCGAAGGCACCACCUUCCAUGGUUAAUAAUGAACAACGCCAGCAUGCAGAGCACAUAUUCUUAUCAUUUAGGAAAUCAAAAUCACCAUUUGCAGUUUGCAAGCAUAUUUUGGAAACAAGUAAAGUGGACUAUGUCCUCUUUCAAGCUGCCACAGCCAUAAUGGAAGCAGUUGUCCGAGAGUGGAUUCUCUUGGAAAAAGGUAGCAUCGAGUCACUGCGAACAUUCCUUUUAACAUAUGUCUUACAAAGGCCUAACCUCCAAAAGUAUGUUCGGGAACAGAUUCUAUUAGCAGUAGCAGUAAUUGUAAAACGAGGAUCCUUAGAUAAAUCAAUUGACUGCAAAAGCAUUUUUCAUGAAGUCAGUCAGUUGAUAAGUAGUGGCAAUCCCACUGUGCAAACUCUGGCGUGUUCUAUUCUAACUGCACUAUUGAGUGAAUUCUCAAGUUCAAGUAAAACUAGCAACAUUGGACUCAGUAUGGAAUUCCAUGGUAACUGCAAAAGAGUUUUUCAGGAAGAAGACCUUCGUCAGAUCUUCAUGUUAACGGUUGAAGUUCUUCAGGAGUUCAGCAGGCGGGAAAACCUCAAUGCUCAGAUGUCUUCGGUAUUUCAGCGUUACCUUGCACUUGCCAAUCAAGUCUUGAGCUGGAACUUUCUUCCUCCAAAUUUGGGCAGACAUUAUAUAGCUAUGUUUGAAUCCUCACAAAAUGUGCUGUUAAAGCCAACAGAAUCCUGGCGGGAGACUCUUCUGGAUAGCAGAGUUAUGGAGCUGUUCUUCACAGUACAUCGAAAAAUCAGAGAAGAUUCAGAUAUGGCACAAGAUUCUCUUCAGUGCCUUGCCCAGUUAGCUUCUCUUCAUGGACCCAUAUUCCCCGAUGAAGGAUCACAAGUCGAUUAUCUAGCACACUUCAUUGAGGGAUUACUGAAUACUAUCAAUGGAAUUGAAAUAGAAGAUUCAGAAGCUGUGGGAAUCUCCAGCAUUAUCAGCAACCUGAUAACUGUGUUCCCUCGAAAUGUUUUAACUGCCAUUCCAAAUGAACUUUUCUCGUCCUUUGUUAACUGCCUCACACACCUCACUUGUUCUUUCGGGCGAAGUGCUGCAUUGGAAGAAGUGCUUGAUAAAGAUGACAUGGUAUACAUGGAAGCAUAUGACAAAUUGCUAGAGUCCUGGCUAACUUUGGUUCAAGACGACAAACAUUUCCAUAAAGGCUUUUUUACCCAACAUGCUGUUCAAGUUUUCAAUUCCUAUAUUCAGUGCCACCUCGCUGCUCCAGAUGGCACGAGGAAUUUGACUGCCAAUGGUGUGGCCUCUCGUGAGGAAGAAGAAAUAAGUGAACUUCAAGAGGAUGAUCGAGACCAGUUUUCAGAUCAACUAGCCAGUGUAGGAAUGCUAGGAAGAAUUGCUGCAGAACACUGUAUACCUCUUCUGACAAGUUUAUUAGAAGAAAGAGUAACAAGGCUCCAUGGUCAGUUACAACGACAUCAGCAGCAAUUACUUGCUUCACCUGGUUCAAGCACUAUUGACAACAAAAUGCUUGAUGAUCUGUAUGAAGAUAUUCACUGGCUUAUUUUAGUUACAGGCUACCUCUUAGCUGAUGAUACUCAGGGAGAGACUCCGCUAAUACCUCCAGAAAUAAUGGAAUAUUCCAUUAAGCAUUCAUCUGAAGUUGACAUUAAUACAACACUUCAAAUUUUGGGAUCUCCAGGAGAAAAGGCUUCUUCCAUCCCAGGGUACAACAGAACAGAUUCUGUGAUUAGGCUGUUAUCUGCUGUUCUGAGAGUUUCAGAAGUUGAAUCUCGAGCAAUAAGAGCGGAUCUCACUCAUCUACUAAGCCCUCAAAUGGGCAAAGAUAUUGUUUGGUUUCUAAAACGCUGGGCAAAGACUUACCUCCUGGUGGAUGAGAAACUAUAUGAUCAGAUAAGUCUGCCAUUCAGUACAGCAUUUGGGGCAGAUACAGAAGGUUCUCAGUGGAUUAUUGGCUACCUCUUACAAAAAGUCAUCAGUAACCUCUCAGUGUGGAGUAGUGAGCAGGACCUUGCAAAUGACACUGUGCAGCUCCUUGUCACUUUGGUGGAAAGAAGAGAAAGGGCAAACUUAGUAAUUCAGUGUGAAAACUGGUGGAACUUAGCUAAGCAGUUUGCAAGCCGAAGCCCACCUCUGAAUUUCUUGUCAAGUCCUGUGCAGAGGACAUUAAUGAAGGCUCUUGUUUUGGGAGGUUUUGCACAUAUGGACACAGAAACCAAACAGCAGUAUUGGACAGAGGUUCUUCAGCCACUUCAGCAGCGAUUCUUAAGAGUGAUAAAUCAAGAAAACUUUCAGCAGAUGUGUCAACAAGAGGAAGUCAAGCAGGAAAUCACCGCCACACUGGAGGCCCUUUGUGGCAUUGCUGAGGCUACCCAGAUUGACAAUGUAGCAAUUCUUUUUAAUUUUUUGAUGGACUUCCUUACCAAUUGCAUUGGAUUGAUGGAAGUUUACAAAAAUACCCCAGAGACUGUCAAUCUCAUAAUAGAAGUUUUUGUUGAAGUUGCACAUAAACAGAUAUGCUAUCUUGGAGAGUCCAAAGCUAUGAACCUAUAUGAAGCUUGCCUUACUUUGCUGCAAGUAUAUUCUAAGAAUAACUUAGGGCGACAAAGAAUAGAUGUUACAGCGGAGGAAGAGCAAUACCAAGACCUGCUUCUCAUUAUGGAACUUCUUACUAACCUUCUAUCAAAAGAAUUCAUAGAUUUCAGUGAUACAGAUGAAGUGUUCAGAGGACAUGAGCCAGGGCAAGCAGCAAACAGGUCUGUGUCUGCAGCUGAUGUUGUUUUAUAUGGAGUGAACCUAAUUCUGCCUCUGAUGUCACAGGAUCUUUUGAAGUUUCCAACCCUUUGUAAUCAGUACUACAAAUUAAUCACAUUUAUCUGUGAGAUUUUUCCUGAAAAAAUUCCACAGCUUCCUGAAGAUCUUUUUAAAAGUCUGAUGUACUCGUUAGAACUAGGAAUGACAUCAAUGAGUUCGGAGGUUUGCCAGCUUUGCCUGGAAGCUUUGACACCGUUAGCUGAACAGUGUGCUAAAGCACAAGAAACAGAUUCACCUCUUUUUUUAGCAACACGGCACUUUCUUAAGCUGGUUUUUGAUAUGCUGGUUUUGCAAAAGCACAACACAGAGAUGACCACUGCAGCUGGUGAAGCUUUCUACACAUUGGUGUGCUUGCAUCAGGCUGAAUACUCUGAAUUGGUUGAAACAUUACUGUCAAGUCAACAAGACCCAGUUAUUUACCAGAGAUUAGCAGAUGCCUUCAACAAACUCACUGCAAGCAGCACUCCUCCUACGCUGGAUCGGAAGCAGAAGAUGGCCUUCCUAAAGAGUUUAGAAGAAUUUAUGGCAAAUGUUGGUGGUCUCCUUUGUGUAAAAUAAACAACAAAACUUUAUGCAUAAUUUAGAUCUUUCUGCAAAGUGCACUGAAUUGCUAAAAGCUGACUUGAGUCUUGUCCUGUUCUUCAGUUCCUUGGCCAUUUUGGAUUUCGGAGAGCCUGAAAGUUUGCUAUUUAAUGCAGCGAAACAGGAGAGGUCACUUUGAAUCAGCUUCCGCUGUUGGGUGUUAGCCACAAUAUGUCAUAUAUGUCUUGUAGAUUUUGAAUGGUGAUUUAGGAUUUUCAGUUCCAUAUAUGUGCAAACAUAUGGCACCAUGAAAUGCAUAUUCAGUGCCUUUCCCCCCUUAUCAAAACAUUAGGUGGCUAGCCAAAGUUUAGAAUUUUUGUUAAAUUAAAUAUUAGAUGGACAUAUGCUCCCUGUUAUUUCUCAAAAUGUUGUCCAUAGAUCACCUGCAUCACUCAAGGAGCUGGUUGAAAAGGUAGUUCUUGGGUCCAACUGUAGAUCCUCAGAGUCAUAAUUUCUGUGUGUUGGGCCUUGGAUUCUUCAUCUUAAUAAGCCCCUCCCCUCUUCCACCCCAAAAGUUUUGAAUCAAUGCAAAAGACAUUGGAAACUCCUAAGAGGUUUUGUGCUUUCAGACUUUUCCUCCCUUUGAUGAUAAGGUUUAUAAUUGAGCAGGAAGAAGACACACCGGGUGUUUGUUGGCUUCUUGUAGCACACGCUCUCGCUCUUUCUUUUUUGUAACAUCCCUGGUGUCGCAGGUUUUGUAUAAUGCAGGUCUCUAAUCAUACUCUGAUGCCUGAACUUAAGGAGGAAAAUACAUGUAUAUUUUUGUUCCACAAAAAGAACUUUAGGAACUGUAGCCAUUUCAUUGCCUUAAUUUUAAGAAGAAAAUACAAAAAAGAGCAGAUUUGUUUUAGUAAGAAAUCAAGUCUUGAUGCUUCAGAGUUGGUUUAGGGUGUUAGCUGCUAUGAACCUGGUGCCCUUUUGAUCGUGUAUUUAUGUGGGUUUAUGAGUGAAAUGAAAGGCUCAUUCAUUUGUAGUCUAACUUUUUGAGUAUGUAUCUCUUCAGCCAUGUAGCCAUGGCUAAUAAUCUACUCUGAAUGGCUUGCUUAAGCAAUAACUAUUUUAAAGGAUGUGAAUUAUUGAUUCAUACAGACUAUUAUACAUUGGGGCAUUAGGGGCAAUAAUUAUGCUAGAGUGGACAUUCUCCUCAUUUCACAGGAGCCAUGUAAAUUUAAUUUAAGAGAUUAAAAAAUUCCUAUUUAGAUCCUCUAGUUUGACUUUUCUAAUCAGGACUUUUGUACUGCUGCCAUGCUCCACUUAAUUCUAUGUGUCAGCUUAAAUUAUGGAAAUGAAAGCUAAUUUAUAAACUGCAGGCAUAUGAAACUCUGCCCACUUCAGUGUCAGAAAUCCCACAGCACAAUGACAGAGGACUGUGGUGCAGGCGCUAUGCAGCUAUGCUUCCAAGGGGUGGGCUUUCUCCUUCUGUGUUCUUGGACACGCUCAACUGUCCUUCGAAUGUAGUGUUGAUAUCUGAAUUGCAUAUAGUAUAUGCACCUUCACAUGAGAUGCUGUGCAAAACUUUGUAUAACUCUGUGCUACUAACAGUUACAGUUAACAAAACUGGAGCAUCGAAAUUACACCCACCCUGUGCAUGUGACCUUAGACACGAGUGAAUGCAAAGCCUAGGGCCAUAACUUUGUAAGGAACAUUACUCUUAAUUCGAUCACUGUUAAGUAACAACUGAGGUGGAGCAAAAAUAUCUUAAAAGACAGGUAGGAAAAAACUAACAUCACUCCUCAUGAAAUAUACAUACUAUAUUUUUAAAAACACUUCGAACAAGUGCAUUUAUUUUUAAUUUCUUCUUCUUUUCUCCCCUUAACGUGAAGUCUGAUGUGGCAGUGUUCUUGGUGUUUUAUGUUUCCCAGCUCCCUAAUGCUUUCUCAGUAGUUGUGAGCUGUAGGUAUCUAUGUGUUAAGUAAUAUAGUCCCUUUGCCAAAAGACGCUGAAAUACGCAACUGACUGGGUGGGUCUGCUGGCCAUGACAAAACUAUAAUCAGAUUGUUAAAAGUAAAGAUGAGUAGGAAAGAAAUGACUUGUUAAAUAAAAAGGCAUCAGUAUUUAAUAACUUUUCUAUAGACAGAAAUGUAUCUGCUGAAUUGGCCCAGAUGUUAUUACAAUACUGCAAUUUUAUUAGAUCAGUUUCAGUUAAAGUGAGAUUUAUUUCAUAUUGGACCAAAUGAUACUUCAGUAUCUCCAGAAUGUUGUUUAGUGGCAAAUGGGAAAAACAGCCACCACCAUUUUCUAGGUAAUGGGGGUGCAACUUUAAUUGUAAUGGCUAAGACUUCUUUCAGGGUGUUUGUGUAUGUUUGCCUGGUUGAAUAUUUGCUUAGUUUGGGUCUUUUGUUUUACUUUGUCCAGUUUUGUCUUUGGCUGUGUUUCCUGGUUCUGGUUUUGAGGGUUUUUGUUUUAAUGCUCUUGGCCCAGUGGAUGUAAAGAACAUUGGCUUAAUUCCAGUAAAUUGGUUCAUAUUAUUAAACUAAGUUGUUAAAAAGUUUUAAAAACAAAAACAUUAUUUUGGCCCCCCUUUUUAUAUGUUCAAGGGUCACUGUUGAAGAUAUGAUUUUUAGAAUUUUGUGUUUUACAAAAUUUCUGUUGUUCAUAUAUAGUAUCCUUUAACUUACAGUUUUCAGUUCAUUCUUUAUUUGACUUAUUUCUGUUUUUAUUUUCCUUUCCCAUUUGUUUCCCAAAGUCAUAGUCUCUACAGAGUCCCGCGGCACAAUCACUAGGGACUUGGUCCUUUCACAAUUUGUAUCCAUGUAACAGCACCUGUAACUGUGUUCUUGUAGCUCUGUUAAAAGGAUUAAUUUGUCUUCACAGUCCUUCUGGAUGGGUGGCUGCCUGGGUAGCUAAACUAUUUGGCAGUAUUUGACAGUGUCCUUCUCAACACAUUUAUCCCGGUCUUUCUGCCUUGCUGUCUCUUAAUCUCUUGGAAGACAGGGGGAGCAUGUUAACAUCACUGCAUUGAGGUUUUUUGUCUGGUAUAAAGUAUGACAUGUU